AUGUCUUUUUCACAUCGGUUCAUGGCCUUUUGGCUUCUCUUUACUUCAGUGGCCAAGGGCUUGGAUCUCAAUACCUUUACAGGCCAAGCUCAAGUCCUUGGUCGUCAGCGCGAGAUGAUCUUGAACCAGUAUAAAAGCGAUGGAACAGUGCAACCUAUGCGCAUGAUGGUGAAGCCAGAUACAGACGAUUCGGAUGGGAAAUGCACCAAAACAAAAGGCUGCAAGCUGGGUUGCUGCGGCCCUCUAAACAAGGAAGGGGUCGGCAUCUGCGGCACUGGUCCAAAGUUCUGUGGCAAAGACUGCACCUCUGAGUGUAGCUACAAGUCAGAAUGCGAUCAAGGUGGUUGGAGUCUCAAAUACUCCAAUUUUACUACCUGCCCACUCAAUGUCUGCUGUAGCGACUACGGUUUCUGCGGUACCUUAGCCAGCUAUUGUAAAGGCAGGACGGUGGCUUCACCCAAGUGCGACACAGCCAAGCACUCAUCAGAUAAGCGAACCAUCGGAUAUUAUGAGGGCUGGAACUACCAGAGGCCUUGCGGUAACAUGGAGCCUGAAGACAUUCCCUUCGGAUAUUACACGCAUAUCGACUUUGCUUUUGCACUUGUCAACCCUGACACAUAUCGACUUGAUCCAAUGGAUGCAGGAACAGCUUCUCACUACGGGAGGGUCUCCGCACUGAAGGAGCAGCAGAAUGAUCUCGAGGUCUGGAUUGCCAUUGGAGGAUGGGCCAUGAACGAUCCCGGAAAGUAUCGAACUGUGUUCUACGACUGGGCAAAAUCGGAGAAGAGCCCGGCCGCGGAAGAUCGAGGUGGUGUUGAAGAGGACUUUGAGAACUACGUCAACCUUUUGGCUCGCCUGAGGAAGCGACUAAAUGCCUCCGGUCGCAAAUAUGGUCUGACCUUGAAUUUGCCCGCUUCUUAUUGGUGCCUCAAGGGAUUUGACAUCGUCAACAUGGAGAAGUACCUUGACUGGUUUAAUAUCAUGAAAUACGAUAUCCAUGGUGUUUGGGAUGAGAACAUCGAGUCCCUAGGCCCCUACGCACAUGCGCAUAUCAACCUCACCGAGAUCCAGCAAGUUCUGGAGCUUCUGUGGAGAAACAACAUCAAUCCUGAGCGAGUAGUUAUGGGACUGGGUUUCUAUGGUCGAAGUUUUACUGUGAAGAGCUCCAAUUGCCUUGACUCUGGCUGUGAGUUUAGCUCAGGUGCUAAAGGCGGUGAAUGCACUGGGACCAAGGGUGUUCUAUCCGCGAGCGAGAUCAAUAAGAUCGUUAAGAACGGAGGCAAGAUGAAGCUCGACAAAGAAACUGCCGUCCAGAUUGUUACUUAG